UUUUUUUUUUUUUUUUUUUUUUUUUGCUUUUUAGGGCUGAAUCUGCAGCAUAUGGGAGGUCCCAGGCUAAGGGUUGAAUUGGAGCUGCAGCUGCCAGCCUACACCACAGCCACAGCAACAUAGGAUCAGGAGCUGCAUCUGUGACCUACACCACAACUCACAGUAGUGCCUGAUCCUUAACCCACUGAACUAGGCCAGGGAUGGAACCUGCAUCCUCAUGGAUACCAGUUGGACCCGUAACCCCAUCAGCCAUAACGGGAACUCCCUUGGCUUGUUUUAAGAGCAGUACCACUCCAAGAAUUUUGGUUUUGGCCUGAGCAGCUGUACAGAUAAAAUUGCUACCAACUGAGAGGCUGCAGGUAGGUAGAACAGGUCAGGGUGAGGAGGUAAAUUUGGGAGUGCAUAUAUUUGAGUUCUCUGUCAGAUACCCAAAUAGUACUGUAGGGAAAGGGUAAAGGAGACAAUUCAAUUUACAGUAACAAGUGACCUGGAAUAUAUAACAACUGAAGGCUGUUUUUUUUACUGCAGCCGUUCUAACCAUGAUCUUUGCCUCCAGAUCCUUACUGAACCACUUCUAUCUAGGAAUUUGUUUCAACCAAUCUUAUAUAAGCCUAUGGACUCCAUCCUAUUGGCAUGCUUUCUUUAAAUUUUUUAUUUAAGCAAAAGUUCUAUGAACCCUGUUUUCUAUGAAAAACCCCUCAGAUUUUCUCCUCUAGUGAACUACUCAGCAGUAUAUGUGCCCUUGCCUGGCAUGUUAAUAUUAUUAUUUUUUAACUUUGGUGGUCUUUGUUUUAUUCUUUGACAACAAGCAGUUGGAUAAAUUUGGGAGUCUUGGGCAUAUAGCUGUUAUUGAAAAGGAUAAGACUGGAUGCAAUCAAGGAUAAGACUGGAUGCGAUCAACAAAGGAGUGAGUGUAGAUAAGAAGAGAACCAAGGACUCAAAGAUUAAAAGGUUGAGAAGAGGAGGAACCUGUAGAGGAGAGAGACUGACCAGGAAAGUGGAAGGAAAACUAGGUGAUACCUUGAAGUCAGUGAAGAACUGUAUCCAAGAGAUGAUCAGCCAUGUCAGAUGCUCCCAACAGACAUCUUUAUCUGGCAGGCCCUACCUAAUAGGCUUUCCAGACUUUUUUCCAAAGCAAUGAUUUGUUAGUGAAUUUUCUAAACUUUAGUAAUUUUUAAGUGACGUUUGUAGGUUUUCAGUAUAUACAACUGAAGUUGUGGGGUUUUUUUAGGGAAACAGUUAUUUCCUGCAAUUUGCUUUCUGUGGAUUUAUUUGUCUUUAAAAAAUGGUAGUGUGGUCAUUUUUGUGAGUUGGUGGUGACUGGUGAAAUUGAGAACAAAAUUGUCAUCAAUCUACAAGAUUCCUGCGCUGAGAUCUCUAAUAAUCAAUUCCAUUAUGGUCUGGGAAGGCAAAUUGUACACUGAGCCAUUUAUAAAGUCACUAAGUCCUGAAAUACCCAACUGGAUAUUCUGAGUUUUAAAGUCUAGUUAUAAAAAAAUAAGUGCUCUUGAAAAUCGUGCUGGUUGUUCAGACAGUGUGAAGUAAUUUAGAUAGAAUGCACUUGUUACAUCCUGAUAAACUGCAGAAGGUGAGCAAACACCAAACCGUGUGUAUCUCUUAAGAAAAUGGCUUGGACUUCCAGAAUACAUCAUAUUUUUACCCACUCAAGCUUGUAUUGUAUCAUUUUCCCAUAUGAAAUGUUUUUCCAACUACACCUGCCCUGAGAGACUCUGAAUUACCCAUUUAAAAGAAGUAUCCUUUCUAAAUGAGCUGAAGAAUUGCAUUCUGUUAAAAAGAGGAACAGCUGGUCAUGUAGAAAUUCUCAGGAAUGCUCACUUGUCCUAUAAAGGUAGAGAAAAAACUGAGAUGUUAGGUGUAGGGUUGGUCAUUGGUGUAUAGAUUUUUUUUUUAAAUGUGGACUUACUAGAAAUUAAAAUUACAUAAUUUUAAUAAUUGCUAUUCUCUUAAAAGAGUGCUAAUUCAUUAACAAUGUGAAGGCCCUGAGAACCUGCUAAGUACAAUUUAGGUCUCAGGAUUGUGCUUGAAUUGUCCCAUUUGCUGGAAAGUUGUUCUUUAGAUUAAAAUUCAGGACCUUCCUGUGUUUAAAAGUUACCCUUUGUUCUUGAUUACCUUGGGAUUAACUUCGAAUUUCUUAAGCACGACACACAAAGAAUUUGACUCUUGCUCAGCUCUGCAAGCUCAUCUGUCUCCCUUUUGAAUUCUUUGUUCCAGCCAGAUGAAACUACAGAUGAGCCAAGCUUUCCCUUUGUCCUUGUGCUCAAGGAGCAGCCUUUCCUCUUACCUGGGCCACUCUGACUUGUCCACCCCGAUUUCUUUUUUAUUGGUUUGUUUUUGGCAUUUUUUUCUUUAUUAUGUUAAAACACUAUCCCCAACACUUAGAACAGGGUCAUGAACAAAUAAGUGUUCAAUAAGUACUUAUCAAACACUACCUAUCUGAGGUAUGUUUAAGACAUUUGUUCCUAUUUAUUUUUUAAUUUGUGUAGUUCUUCAUAUUUUUAAGAUCGUUACCUAGUUGGGGUUCUCUGUGUACUUAAUACAUUUCCCCAAGAGCUUUGGUCUCAGUUUAUGCUCUUUAUUCUGCUAUGUUUCCCAGAAUUUAUAGAAAUUGUUUAAACGGAGUAGAAGGGAGCUAGGGGCGAGUGCAGCAUUUCCUUCCCCACAUUACUGGUAAAUGAGGUCACAAGUGAUCUAAACCGUUGGGCGUUUGCAAAGAGGGGCCCGCAGGGCCAACCUGCAGGUUUUGGAGGGCUCGACCGCCUUGAAAUAUGCGGGUCAUUUCCUGGGUUUGUAAGACGAGUUACAAAUUCACAUUCAAAUAUGUGUGAGAUACUGUAGGCUGUACGGAUGGGUUAAGAAGGAAUUUAGAGAGCUUGCGAACGGGUGAAGAGAGGCUCCUGCCUGAGCUCCUGGCCCGAGUAAAGGAAGGUGAGGUCUCAAGUGGGUCUCUUUCCCCUACCUCUUCCAAACGGGACAGACGGUAGCGCUAUUGCCUCAAGUAUCGCCACUCAGCUCCAAGAAGGGCUAGUUAGUGACCGUAAGCGAAUGAGCGUGAAGACACCCUGUCCUCACUGCCUUUGUGCGCUGAGAUUUUUACGGAAGGGGGGCACUCUUUCUCGGCUCGCGAGCCUCACCCUCAGCCUCCCAACUCGCCUGGGCCAGGACGCGGGCUCUACGGGAUCUUGGAGCCCAGCGCGAAUCCCCAGGGCUGGUUCCCAAGGGCAGAGGAUUGGCAUACUAGACAGUGUCUGGUAGUUGUACCCACCCUCGUAGUCCCAACAUUUUCUGAAGCUGUUAGCAGAGCGCCCCACCGGGAGGAGAGGAGGGAGGGCUGGGGAUGGCCUCUUAGCACCCUCUGCGCGUCGGCAUUCUUCGCCGGGCGGCUGUGGCCCCAGGCGGAGGAGAGGAGUUUCCGGGGCUCAGGGCCCUGCAGCGAUCCCGGCCAAGGAGCGCGGAAGCCAGUGGGCGGCGAGAGGCGGAGCGAGGGAUGCGGGGGGGCGUGGACGCGGCCGGCUUUGGAAAGGCCCCAAGUUAAUGAGGCGUACGCCGGCGGCAGAGCGCCUUUCAGAGCUGGGCUUUCCCCCGCGGCGCGGGCGCCAGGAGCCGCCUUUUCCGCUGGGUGUCACUCGGGGGUGGGGGGGAUGGUCCAUUCAAAAGCGCCGCGAGGGGGCCCGGCCAGUGCCCUUCAGUGAGCGCUUGCAGGAGGAAGGCAGAGGCCCGGCGGCUCGCAGCUCUGGGACCUUGUGGCGCAUCAGGACGCGGCUACCUUGCUGCCCCGACCCCGAGCCGCCGCCGCCACAGCCUCUCUGCUUCCUGCGCGUUAGCCUCUUUUGCGCGCUCCGGGCGGGUGGCCGCGGGAGCCGCUGGGGCGAGGACGGCGCGCGGCUGCUGCUGCUGCCCCCGGCCAGGGCAGCUGGAAGUAGAGAGGCCGAGCCGAUCGGCGGCUCGCCCUAUGCCGGGAGGAUGUUGGAAAGCAGCGGCUGCAAGGCGCUGAAGGAGGGUGUGUUGGAAAAGCGCAGCGACGGGUUGCUGCAGCUCUGGAAGAAAAAGUGCUGCAUUCUCACCGAGGAGGGGCUGCUGCUCAUCCCGCCCAAGCAGCUGCAACACCAGCAGCAGCAGCAGCAGCAGCAACAACCCGGUCAGGGGUCGGUUGAGCCGUCCCAAUCCGGGGGCCCCGCUGUGGCCAGCCUUGAGCCGCCAGUCAAGCUCAAGGAAUUGCACUUUUCCAACAUGAAGACCGUGGACUGCGUAGAGCGCAAGGGCAAGUAUAUGUACUUCACUGUGGUGAUGGCUGAGGGCAAGGAGAUCGACUUUCGGUGCCCGCAAGACCAGGGGUGGAACGCCGAAAUCACGCUGCAGAUGGUGCAGUACAAGAAUCGACAGGCCAUCCUGGCGGUCAAGUCCACGCGGCAGAAGCAGCAGCACCUGGUCCAGCAGCAGCCCCCGCAGCCGCAGCUUCAACCCCAAGCCCAACCCCAGCCUCAGCCCCAGCCUCAGCCCCAGUCCCAAGCCCAGCCACAGCUCCAACCCAGGCCCCAGCCACAACCCAAGCCUCAGCCGCAGCAGAUCCACCCUCAUCCGCAUCCGCACCCGCACCCGUAUCCGCAUCCACACUCGCAUCCGCAUCCACACGCACACCAACAACCGCUUUCGCAGCCGCACGGUCACCGGCUUCUCCGCAGCACCUCCAACUCUGCCUGAAGAGGGCAGCACCUGGGCCAGACAAGGUUUUGAGGACUUGAGGAAGUGGGACAAGCACCUUUCUAUUGUCUUCACUUGGAUCGAAAGCAAAACAGUCUCCCAGUCCGCAGCAGAUCAAGUAGUUUGGACAUAACCCGACUGAUAACUUGUGAUUUCACUUAGUUUUCUGCAUACUCUUCAUCACAAUGCAAGAAAUGAUCUCGAGUCCAGAAGGCUUUAUUUAUGAACCUUUGAAAAGGAUCUUCCAGUAUGAUGGACCUUCUAGGAGCGAUGAUGUACUGUAAUUUUAUUUUAAUGUAUUUUGAUUUAUGAUUAUUUAUUAGGUUUUUUUUUAAAAUGCUUGUUCUAAGACAUUUCUGAAUGUAGGCCAUUUUUCAAAAAAGAAACUUUAUUUUCAAAAACCUGCUCCCUAGUAAGUUCUAAUCUUGGGAAAGAAGAAAGUAAAAGGGUGGUGGAGGGGACACGUUGAGAGUCCAUUAUUCCUAGGGCAUUUUCAGAAGGUCUGACACUUCAUUGUUAUACCAGGUAGUUGAAAUUAAACUCUCUGAUGUUACUUUUUUUUUUUUUGGGAAGUUUUUUUUUUUUCUUCGACAUAUAUUUUGUGUAGAAUAGAAAUUUAAAGAAGCUAAAUGUUCAGAAUUGUAUAAUUAUAAAAUCUACUUGUUUUUCUAAAAGGAAUCAGUAGUAAUGUCUAAUUCAAAAUAUUUAAACCAUAACCCCAACUGAUGGCAGGAUGAUCAUAUCCUGAAAAUAUGAGAGAGCUGGGUUUGCUAUAGGAAAAGCCUUGCUUAGAUCAUCUAUACGUGAAGGUUUUAAUAAGGAGUUUUCUAUGAUUUCUGAGUAUGAAUGCAUUAGAUGUUUCAUUUCAAAAAACAUAGUGGGGAAAAAUAAUUAUUUCACUUGAUGGAGAGCACAUUUGUGUUCUUAUCCACAGUAGAGAUUACCCUUCUCUAAGAGCUUUGCACACUUACAUGAAUCACAUUUUUUGGCCUUUUUCCUUUGUUCUAAAAGCAUAUUCUAAUAUCUCAUAGUUUGAAAUACAGUUUGUAAAUAUUUCAAAGGACUAGUCAUAGCUUUUUGUUUGCAUUCUGAGAAUAAUGUUGAUCAGAGACACCAACUGUUUUGCUUUUUAUUGCUCUGUGAGAAAUCCGAGGGUUAUAUGUUUUGUUGUUAGGUUAGCUAAACUCAGAAAUUGAAAAAGGAAGGACUGGAUAAACACUGGAUUUGCAGUAAGAAAACAACCCCAGUCUUGUUUUAGCAGCAGCUUGUUCAAGAUUCUGAGGGAGGAGCGUGUUGGGGGGAUGGAAGAAGAGGAUGUGCUUUUAAAGGUAGAACAAACCCUCUUCUGUGUUAAAUCAAAAGGAUGGUCAAAAUCCACAAGGGCAGAUGCUACUUAAGUUUAAAAAGAGCCAUAGAUGCUCCCAAAUUCUCUUGGGGAAAAUCACUUCCUAUCUGCAUGGCUUUACUAACAGGUCUCUGUAUUCCAUUAUCUUUUUCACAAAGUCUUGAUCAGUAUUUUUCCAGCUACCAAAUUGGAGUGGUCAGUAUUAAGCCGCUGCUAAGUUCUAUAGGUGAGAAAUAGCAAUAGAAUUUCAUAAAAUGAAUAAAUAUCUUUAUUCUCCUCCAUCUAAAAAGCAGUUUCAAGGUCAAAUUAUUUCUCAGUGCAAUAUGUAAAUGAUGAAGAUUUGAGAUCAUAAUGCUAAUCCAGAAAGUGCCAGGGGGAAAUACAAUUCAAGCAAAUGGCAAGCAAAACUUAAGUGGAUUCCCACUUCAAGAGGCUAAGUUGCAGUUGUGAAAAAAUCCAUACAUAAUAGGAGGCUCAGAGAGCAGAUCUCAAGAGUUCUUAAGUCAAGCUGGGUUUGACUUCUUUGAAACUACUGCUGUUAUGUUUUAAUAAUGCCUCAUUGUACUAUCGUUUUAAUACAUGCAGAUCCUCUAACCCCAAUUAAACCACAGCCUUUUUUCCAGGUUAGGAUUGUUCUUUCAAAUUCUUAUUCAAUUAAAAAAAGUAAAAUCCAGACCAAAUACUUUAAAAGUUAAGAUUCAUGUAGGUUUUUAAGGCAUUUGUAUCUUGUUAGCUUACUUAUAGGCUAGGUAGGGUUGUCAAAACAAACAAACAAACAAAAAAAACCUCAGGCUCCCUCCUGACUGCUAGAAUUUUUUCUUUCCUGCAGUAGUUGUGGUUCUUAACAUGCCCACCAGAAUCAUGGCUCCUUGUCUUAUUUUUACACAGCUCUUAGUCCUUGCUCUGCUGUGACAUUUAUAUUGAGUUGACUCUCUUAGUGAUUCUCUAGUCUGAACCCCUCUUAGUGUUUAACUGUGAAACCUCAGAAAUUAGGAGAGGAGUAGGAUGAUUUUUGUUGCGUAACACUUACUAUGGCUUAAUAAUUUUUCCAAAUAAACAACAACAACAAAUGAGCAUGCUUAACAAUACUCAACAAAAGAAAAUACAAAUGCAAAUUAUUUAAUGUGUUGGUGGCUCUAUUUUAUCUGCAAGAGAACGAUGCAAACCACCUAGGAGAUUAUGAGGCCGGACAAAUCACCUUCAUGGAGAAAGGUAAAGAUACUUCUUUCAUCCCACAAAAAGGAAGAAGGAUAGGACAGGUCCACUAGAAAACCCACCCCUUAAACAAACAUAAAAUGUAAAAGAUUGGAAAAUUUAAAGGAAUGUCCUAUCUGGAAACUGGACUUUUUGUCUUUGAAAUUGUGUUGGCAUCAAGCCUCAUACACAGUGAUCUCAAUAACUAUUUGUUGGGACAAAUGAAUGAAAGAAGGAAAAAAUAUGUAACCCCAGCACCCAGAAGGUAGUUUCUCUUGCUUCACACAGUGCUUCUUUUACUUGCUCUCAUGCCGGUCCCUGAGAAUGACUAGCACUGAUAUGAAACCCCUUGGAUAUACUUUCUUAGUGGAAGUCCACAUAGAUCUGCGUAUGCCCUACAGGGAGUGCUGAGGUCAGAGUAAAUGGCUAUAAAGGGCCCUUUCAAAAUGAACAUUUCCCUCCUAGAGGAAGGUUGAUUCUCUCAUCAUGGAGAAAUCAAACUAAUUUUAUAAUUUCACUUCACAUAUUUUUCCAGUGGAGGUUAAAAAAAAAAAACAAAAAAAAAACAAAGCCCAAUUUGUUGCUUAAAAAAGUUCCUCUAACACUGUUAUGAAGUCUGGUUUAAGUUAAAAAGCUUGUUUUAACUUUUUUUGCUGUCAUAUACCAAACACUAUUUCUCUUAAAGACUUCUUCAUUUUAAAUCUGCCACUAUACGAGUUUGUUGCCAGUGUGUGAGUUUCUAACACAUCCCAUUUUUCCUGUUCCCAAGGAAGGUGACUUGGCUUUAGCUUGGCUCCAAGUGUUUACAGUGUCCUGUUCCAUGGUAGGUUUAGAAGAGGGAUCUAAGACUUGAAUGAAACUGAAGCGAUCUCAUAGAAAAUAAAAAUUGUAGGAUGAGGAUGGGCCUAUAAAUAUGUGAGUUUCAGAUUUUUUUGUAAAUAUCAAACUAAUUGGUUUUUGCUUUACCAAUAAAAUGGUCUUAGCAGAAUAAAAUUUAAAUUUGGGAAUUAUAGAGCUCAAUAUUAAACUUAGCCAUGAUUCAAGAGAAAUGCACUUCUUUACCUAAGAUGCAUUAAUUGUAGAAUUGUAUUGGUUGGGUUUUUAAGAACUAUUUUCCAAAUUCUUGACAUGGUUUAAAGGGUGCAGUGCUGAAUAGCCAAUCUCGAUUUACAUGAGAUUGGAUGGCAAAGUGAUCUGUGACUUUGUGGGCGGGACAUCUGCCAAAUGGAGUACACAGGAUCCAACAGGAUUUCUUAGACGAGAUUGGGCGAGUUCAGGGUGGUAUGUCCUAGACCAACAGGGUUUCUUAGAAAGGGCAUUAUUGUCCAGUGACGGAAGCAGAAGGACCCUGGACCUUUAGAAGCAGCUACAUAAAAGCUGCAUAAAAACUCUUACCUGGGGAUUUCCUGCUGUGGUGCAGUUGGUUAAGGAUCUGGCAUUGUCAAAGCUAUGGCAUAGGUCCCAGCUGUGGCUCAGAUUUGACCUUGGGCCAGGAACUUCCAUAUGUUUCAGGUGGGGCCAAAAAAGAAAAGGAAAGGAAACAAAACAAAAAAAAUCUUAACCUGUUUUGAAGCUGGCCUGCUGGUGAUCGGCUGGGUGGUGGGGAAGCAGAUUUUAACAACAGGUGAUCCUUCCAGAUCACUAUAUUUAUUUUGAGAAGAAAGAAAAAACUAUUCUGUUACAUUCCCCAUCAGCCUUCUGCUUAAAAUUUCAGAGUAAUGCACAAGCCAGCUUUGAAAAGCAAGCAUCGCCAUGUAUCAUAUGCUUUACAAACUAUCUCUUUUGUGAGCUUAAUGAAGUGGUCAUAAUUUGUGUAAACAUGUCUCUGAAAUGAUUUUGGAGAGAUGUGAUUUAUUUUUCUUAUUUUUAAAAUGCAUUCCAUUUCAAAUAAAGUAUCUGUUGAGAUGA